AACUUUUGCAAAUAUCUUGGAAGGUUUUCACAAAGAGAUCACACAACAGGACCGAAAUGAUAUGCAGCGGUGUUUUGACUUAGAAGUUACGUCCCCACAAGGUUAUUAUCUGUUCGCCAAGGCUAGCUCUCAGACAUUCAAAGACAAGGCUCAAAUAAUUACUCCUCCUCGAUCUGCCGACAAACCACAAUGCAUCCAGUUUUACUAUUACAUGUAUGGUGAUGGAAGUGGCAAACUCAGCGUCUACGUUCGGAACAAUGAUACAACUGAACUCGGAGACCCUGUUUAUACCAGGAAUGGGCAGCAAGGAAAGGGCUGGUAUCGUGGUUUGGUCGAUAUAACCGUGAGUCUGGGAAAAUUUCGAGAGUUGAUAUUUGAAGCAGAAGUUGGAAUGGGACAGCUGGCCGAUAUCGCAAUAGAUGACGUAGGAGUAUUCGAUGACGAAAAUGCGUGUCCACUUGACAGUCUAUCUUGUGACUUUGAUCAAAGUUGGUGUGGUAUCAAACAGGAUGUGUUAGAUGACUUUAACUUCAUUCGCCAACGAGGCAGCACAGGUUCAUUUGGAACUGGCCCUGAAACUGAUCAUUCUGGAAGUGGCUAUUAUGUCUACAUAGAAGCUUCAAAUUCGAAAAAGGAUGAAAAGGCCCGUAUUAUACUCCCUACAUUCCGAGGUGUCCAGCCGAACGACAAGGAGACUUUCUGCGUCAUCUUCUGGUAUCAUAUGUACGGAGGUACAGUAGGGGAACUCAACCUGUACCUCCACAACUCUAGCUCCACCGAUCUUGGGAGUCCGAUCUGGUGGAUGGGCGGUAACAGAGGAAACAAGUGGAGGGCUGCAGAAGCUGAGAUCAACACUCCUGAAGAAUUCCAGCUUUACUUUGAGGCUAUUCGUGGACAAAAUUAUGAUAGCGAUAUUGCACUUGAUGAUAUUCAGAUAAACAGCUAUGGAUGCCCAGGACACCACAUAAUCAACAAUGCAUCAAAUGUGACAUGUGACUUCGAGGAGGCAGAAUUGUGUUACUAUAGACAGGACGAUAAAGAUGACUUCGAUUGGAGCUGGAGAAACAGAGGGACUAAUGAUGGGUUUACGGGCCCCGAAGUGGACCACACUACAGGAAAUGAAUUAGGAUUCUUCGUCUUCGUGAGUAGCACCUACCGUCUGAAACCCAGCAACAAGGCCCGGCUCAUCUCUCCAUCCAUUGAAGCAAAUUCAGCGCCAUCAUGCGUAGUCUUUUGGUACCAUAUGUAUGGGGAUGACGUUGAAACGCUUAAUGUCUACGUCAGGAAAAUCAAUGGGGGAUUGGGGACGCCACAGUGGACCUUGACUGGAAAUCAACGGAACUAUUGGCAUCGGCAAACUAUAGAUAUCGCUGCAAGCACUGAUGAUUAUGAGCUCGUCUUUGAAGCAUCACCGGGAGCAGCAAAUAGAGACGACAUAGCUCUCGACGAUGUCACCUUGUAUCAUGGACAAGAUUGUCCCUCAUUCACAACCUUACUGCCACCGACGACCGAUCCACCACCUGUGGUGGACAGCAUCGAUUGCGAUUUUGAAGAAGGGUGGUGUGGCUAUAAGCAGAUGACAGAGGGGGACAAUAUGGACUGGUUUAGGUACCAAGGAACGGGAUACGGAUCUCUCACUAGAGGACCAUCAAACGACCACACUCUAGGGAACGCUCUUGGAUACUACGCUUGUUUUGAUCCUUAUCGUUAUAACGGUGCUGGUCUUAACGACAACGCAAUCUUGAUAUCCCCGCUGAUGAGAGGUUCGCGUCGGCCACGUUGCCUUACCUUCUAUGCCAACAUGAAUGGAUAUCAAGUCGACUACCUCAUUGUAAUUGCCCGCCAAUUGGGGGAAAGUCUCCCCCUCGAUCCUCCCUUCUCGGAGUACGGAAACCACGGUGAAGGAUGGUUCCCACUCUCAAUGGAUAUUCCUGGACUCAAUCAGAAUUUUCAGGCUUUAUUCGUAGGAUUGUGCGGAAAUUCAAGAUAUUAUGCUGAAAUUGCUAUUGACGACAUAAAACUCGUGGAAGGAGUGUGUGAUAAUUCAGGUCCUACUCCCGAGCCCAUCUCGUGGAAUGCCGACUGUGAUUUUGAGGAGGAUGAGAUGUGUGGCUACAAUAUUGAGACUCGCGGAUAUUUUCAUUGGACCAGGAACAGAGCAGGAACCGGCUCUGAUGAUACAGGGCCAGCAGUUGAUCAUACACUUGGAACAGAAGCAGGUCAUUACGCUUACAUCGAGACUUCCUUACCCGCACGUCCUGGUGACCGGGCGACCCUGACCAGUUCUAUGCUCAGCAGCGGCAGCAACGACAUAUGCGUUCGUUUUUACUACCACGCUUAUGGUGAGGACGUUGGAUUUCUCUCGGUGAAGUACGUCAGUGUAGACUACUAUUACAACGAGGUGUUAUUCAGCGUGGCUCAGAAUCAGGGGAAUGAGUGGAGGCCAGCCAAUGUAGACUUACCAGCCACCCUCACCGGCAUGUCCAAAUUCCAGAUCGUAUUUGAAGGACGAAAAGGUUCAAGUUACAAGGGAGACAUCGCAAUUGAUGAUAUCAAGUUCUUGGCACAGCCAUGCGCUGGUUUCCCGACAGAAUCUAGAUGUACAUUCGAGCAGGGAUCAUCAUUCUGCGGUUAUCAAAUCAAUAAGAUGUCAAAUGGCAUACCUUGGAAAUGGUUUGAUGUUCUGGCUUCUGAUCCCACACCACUGAAUAUGGUCACGAGUUCAUUUAUGUAUGUGGAGGGUUCGACUUCGAAUAUGGGCAGACAGGCCGUACUCUACUCACAAGUGCACAAUCUCCAAGGAAUGGACCACUGCCUGACCGCUGACUUCAUCCUGACUGAGGACACGAGUCAACAGAUCACGAUUGAGGUGAUGGAGAAAGAUACGGCCAGAAAGUACCAGAUAGAUACUCUCAUCGGGGAUAUGGGUAGUAGCUGGUUCCGUGGAAACUGGUCUAUCCCAUCGACGAUGGUCUCAGUUCGUCCUUUCAAGAUUGCUUUAACGGCUCGUCCUGGUUCAGCAGGGGUGAUGGCUAUUGACAACGUCGUUGUUACAUCACAGCUCGAAGCCUGCGCAAAAUACAUACCACCACCUACCAAACCUGCAACCACCACACCUUCCUCGACCAUCACGUCACAGCUAUCCACAAAACAGACGACUGAACCAAUGAACACUAAUCCAACAAAACAACCAGCAGGUAACCACAAGCUAGGAAUCAUCAUUGGGGUCACCAUCGCCGUCGUGGUUGUCAUCGGAAUCGUUGUCAUCGUCGCGGUUUGCAAGUUCCGCUCCGGAUCGUCCAUGCCAUUUGGGGUCAGCUUCAAGAACAAAAGAUUAGAUGAGAUACCUUUCUCUGGAGUGACACCAAGAGGGGUGAUGAACACCCCUACUGAUCCCACUGUGGUUUUCACCAACCCCGUAGAAGCGAAAGGAUCAAGUAAAGCUUAAUUAGCACGAACACCCUGUCAUGAGUUCACUUGAUUUGGAGAAAAAUUCGGGAAAUUUUACCAUACAAUAAAUCAGACAAGUCAUUGUAAUGAGAUACAUGUAAAUAACCAACUUGAUGCAAAUGUCAAAGUGAUUUGUAAUCCAUGUAGCACCGUGUAGGAGUGCGUCGGAUUUUAAUUGUUACGAGUGCAUGGGUAAAAGUAAAAUGUAUCAAUACCACAAUGUUACUAAUAAAUGGAAUGGUGAAACUGUUCAGACUUGCAAAUAUCAAUUAAAUUACUUUGCAGGUAUCACUCAUAUCGCAGCAUGAUGACAGAGUCCCUCGUCGAAUCAAUUAUUAUAUGUUUCUGUAUUUUAGCCUGAGGUUUCCCUUUCAAUAAUCGGAUAAGGGGGUAUGCUAUACGGUUUCAUACAUCAUUUAUUAUCGUUUGAAAGUAAGUUCUUGAAUCUUUCAAUUUCAUAAGGUUUGAGUUGAUGUAAAAAAGAAUGAGGACUUUAUAUUCUAUAUUAACAAUCCAGUUACAUGUAAUUUGACAUGUUCUCGGCAAAGAUAUAUCAGUUCAACCAUCAUACUCAUGAAUUCUACGCUCUAUACAUACCAAGACUAUGCGAUAUAAGUGUAUGGUCCAUUUAGUCCGACGUAUAAUACUGCACUAUUUCUAUUAAAAUGCGUCGUUUCGUUUAUUUUGUUUUAUCUUUUCUUCCUGACGACAGAACCACGCUUUUGUUCUAGUGUUUUUUUAUGAAAUUUAACGGCAUGUUCCACAAAAAAUGCAAAUACUUGUAGGGACAACGCAACACCGACGAAACUGACUCCUAAACGACGGAUGGCAUUCGAAACAAAUUACUUGUAAUAGCUCUAAUCGGUCAAGAGUCGAUUCAAAGGUGUGAAAAUGACAUAUUAGCCUGUCUCUCGAGUCAGCGAUGUUAAAAGAGUAAAAUUUGUCAAGCAUCAAAACGUAUCCACAAGUGUUUAAGGUUACAUGUAUUUCACAAUAUGGAAAUUUUAUGAAAAUAUAGGCAAAUAAUUAUAUUUUGUUUGAUUUUUUUCGUUUUGUGGGAUGUGCGGUCUUUCCGUUUCUCUUUCCUUUAUAUUUUCAAGUUUGAUCAGAUCGUAUACCUUUUCCUUAUACAUGCAGUCCUUUUGAUAAUAAGAAAAAUAUAAUCAUCCGUAAUAAUUCAUAUUCCAAACCUUGAAGGGGUUCUCCGAGCUGAAAACUAUUGUAUCUAAAUUGAAUUAAUGAAAAUUAAAUUCAGUUAAUUAAUUCAAUUAUGAAGUUUAGGAAUAUUUUGUGACAUUUGUAUUAUUUAGGUGGACGAUAAUGCCAUAUGUCCCCACUUUCCUUUUCAUUAUGUUAUUAUACAUCAAAUUAUUUUAUAUCAAUUAAUCCAUACAUGUGUACAAUAGAAUAAGUUGCAGCAAUGAAUAUCUAAUGCAUCAAAUCAAUUGUCAAUCCAAUAUUGUAUUUGUUGGUGGAAAAAAUGAAUAAAAUUAAUUUUUAUAUAAUAAAGUACAGAAGAACCAGAGUGGAUAUGGCGUAAUCAAUUUGCUCAUUGCAUAAUCACGAAGACAUGCAUAAAACUGUUUCACGGAAUGUAAUAACUUCAUUAUUCUUUGUCCGAUUUUGAUGAAAUUUUAAGGCUUUAAUGUCAGAUUUUUCUUCAAACCAUGUUAAUUUCAACCUAGAGAACUUCUUUAAGAGUUUGAUGGCAUGUGUAAUAUUUAAGAUAAAACUUUAAAUGACAUUAAACUUGGAAUUUUCAAGCACAUG